UCUUUCAAGAAGACGAAAGCUCCAGAAAAGCUGUGGAAAAGGGUGUGAUUAUCGAUGGCAUCAUAUCGAAAGAAAACACUUGCUGAGUACCUGAAGUACGCUCUCACUCCGUAUGGGGCGGUCAAGCAGAUGCGCAAAUACACGGACUGUAAUGGACACUGGUUUGGAGAAGCCUCUGUCAUUAUCGAUAGAAUGGAAGACGACAUGGAAUAUGCCGGUCUACCCGAACUCUCGAGAAUGAUCUACAUUGAGAAAAAGAAAACGGAUUCAUAUUUCAGCAACGUACCAAGGGCCCCAAAAAUAUGCUUCCACUGUCGAUUAUCCGGCCAGGAGAGAAAGGAUUGUCCUGAUCUACAGAGUGUACAAUGUUACCGCUGCCAAGGGUAUGGCCAUAUCAGCAAACACUGUAAAAAGCAGAAAAACCGGCAAAAGAAUUCGGUUUCUGCGACCGAAGUCUCUGACAUAGGCACAGAAGACCAGAUAACCACACAAUAAGUAGCAGAUGAUGAGAUACAUCAUCAGGAAACUGGAAUAAGCGAAGUUGAUGAUGUAGAAACGUCUUCAAUGGAGUUGGAAGAAAGGGACCAAAUGUAAGAAGAAAACGCCCAAGGUGAUAACGAAGUCGCUGACGAUCAACAAUGUGGUGCGGAUCAGGAUUCCAAUAUAGAAACACUGAUGUAGGCAGUUCAGAAAGACCGGAAAACGCUGACAGGGGACAAAAUGAACCUUCUAAAGCAAAGAACCUCAAGACGACAGCACGCCGCUA